AUGGGUACAUGCUGUUGCUUCGCUGUGUCAGAUAUUAUCCUUUACAUCGUAGCAUUCUUCUUUCCUCCUGUGGCAGUGGUAUUUAGGUCAGGGUGCUGCUCAAAAGAUCUGCUGCUGAAUGUCUUAUUGACACUUCUAGCUUUUAUACCAGGGAUGAUUCAUGCCUUUUACUAUGUGACUAUUACGAGUCCCGCUAGAAGUGAGAAUAACAGGUAUUUCUACCAGCAAGGUUGGGGUGACCGUGAAAGGUAUGCAGGGGUUGCUAUUGUUCAUGAUGGAGAGACCAGUGUGCAUCGUCCUGAGCAUCCCGGUUAUGGAUCUAUCGAUGCCUUACUGGUCCAAGGGAGGCCCAACGACAACAGUGGAGAAUCCAAAGUACCUGGACCCCCACCACCUUACACAGAGCUCCCAUGA